AUGAAGAACAAGAUAAAGUUGACGAGUAUCGUAUGUCCACCGUCUGUGGAGUUCUGCCUUCGUUUGAUUGGCGUAUGGCCGGAAGCGUCACACGCAUUUUCACGCAAAUUUCUUUACAUACUCUCGUUAAUGGUGGCCCAAAUCUUUCAAUAUCAGUAUAUAAUUAAGCAUUUCAGCAAAAAAGAGUUGUUACUCUUUGUAGAUGUUUUAAGCGUCACUCUGGCUUAUAGUCUCGUAUUAAUUAGAGUAAUUAUUUUCGCGUUCAAAUCUCGUUUAUUAGAUAAAAUGAUUGCGUCCAUGGUUGAAGAUUGGAAAACGCGCGACGUUUCUGAGAUUUAUAUGAUGACCAGAAUAGCUGAUAUCUCUCGUCGAUUCUCAAAUUUGAUAAUUGUCUGCAAUGCGAUGUCGGUGUUUCUUUAUGCGACUGGCACAUUCUUCAGUCACAGACACAACAAUCAGACCGACACUCGAGAGCUUCUCGUUAAAAUGGAGAUUCCCAUCACAAUCGAUAACAUAUUAGUGUAUGUAGCUAUUCUUGUUACACAAUUUAUCCAACAGACGAGUGCAGCUAGUGUGGCGGGUGUAUUGGAUUGCCUGUUAAUAACGCUGGUUCUUCACGUAUGCGGACAGAUUGAUCUAGUGCGUCGGAAGUUAGUUGAAAUUACAAAGAAAGACAUCGAACGUCAAAUGACCGAAAGUAUCAUAAAAACAUUGAUCGUUCGGCAUCAAAAAAUCAUCAUCUUCUCUACAAAUAUCGAGGCUAUGUUUUCAAAUAUCGCGUUGAUGCUAUUUAUAUCGAAUACUUUGAUUAUCUGCUGUUUAGGAUUUCUCAUUAUAAUCUCUAUUGAUGCUCCAGACGGAUCAACGGUGCUAGUAAAAUCCUUGUUCUUUUACAUUGCUAUUAAUACAGAAGCAUUUAUAUUUUGCUUCGUAGGAGAACAUCUCAGUAAGAAAAGCAAAAUGAUUGGCGACGCAGCAUAUGAGUCGCUUUGGUACGAUCUAACGCCGACACAGAAUCGAGAUCUUCUAUUUAUAAUCGUAAGAUCGCAGAAGCAUUUGACGCUCACGAUUGGAAAAGUCAUGGAUUUGUCUUUGCAACAAUUUACCAGCAUUGUAAGAGCCUCGGCAUCAUACGUGUCGGUGUUACACGCGAUGUAUUGA